CUCAUCUUUAACCUUUUUUUUUAUUCAAUAAUGUUUGACCCUAAACAGUUUUUAUUUACAUGCAUUGAUAAUAAUUCAAUUGAGCUUGUUUCCAUUAUUGGAACAGGCGCUUAUGGCGUAGUUUAUUUGGGUAGAUAUAUUUUUACCAAUCGCUAUUAUGCUGUCAAAUGUGUCCAAGAUACCUUUAUUACACAAAAUGAAAUCAAUAUGCAUUCAGUUUUAUCCGGCCAUUCAAAUAUACUUUCAUUAGAGAAAGUAGUGAAGGAGCAGAAUGCAGUUUUUAUUAUUAUGGAGUAUGCUACCCAUGGAGACUUGUUUACCAGUAUAACAUCUCAUGAUAUUAUCGGAAAGACGAAAGUGAUCCGACAUUUAUUUCUACAAAUAUUAGACGCUGUACAACAUUGCCACCACAACUUAAUAGCCCACCGGGAUCUCAAACCCGAAAAUAUUUUAUUAUUAUCAAAUCAUCGUGUUAAACUUGCGGAUUUCGGUCUCACCACCAGCCAAUCGAUUUCUACUGAAUUUAACUGUGGAUCAUCAUUUUAUUUCUCUCCAGAAUGCCAAGGUUUCACAUCAGAUAAUAACACUAGUAAACGGGUGGGUUGCUAUGAUACAAAGGCUAAUGAUGUCUGGAGUCUAGGCAUCAUUUUAAUUAACCUCGUGUCCGGUCGUAAUCCAUGGAAACAAGCAAACUUGGAGGAUUCAGCCUUUGCUGCCUAUGUCAAACAACCCCGCAAAUUCUUCCGAACGAUUCUUCCCGGCAUUUCAAAAUCAUUAGAUCGUAUUUUAAUACGCAUCUUUUGCCUAGAUCCAGCAAAAAGAAUCACCUUAGCAGAAUUAAGAAAUAUGAUUUUGGUCUGUCGUUCAUUUACAACAGCAAAACCUGCACCUUUGACUGUCAAAAAUCUUACUCCACCCUCUUCUCAACUUGAAUGUACGAAGUCCUUCGAAAGCACCGUCAUGGCUUACAUUGGUGAUUAUAUCGAUGAUGAGCCAAUUUAUUGCACGCAAAACUUUUCCGGUAGCUCGUCCAUCACAGCCGAAGAUAACCCACCCACCCCACGUAAUGGCAGUCCUAUUUUAGAGCCACAACCAAAAAAGCAGCUACACCAUUUUAAUUAUGAACACACUCUUUUAUGAAUAUUAUACCAACAUACAAACAUUAGACAUAUUACAAGCAACAUUUAAUAAUAAAUUUACUAAUACUAAAAACCCCCAUAUACAUUUA